AUGACAACUAAGGUGAAAAGAGUUCAAACUUUUGGAAAAAAGAAAACAUCUGUUGCAGUAGCUACCGUGACCAAUGGAAAGGGACUAAUAAAAUUGAACGGAAAAAAUUUAGACCUAGUAGAACCAUAUAUUUUAAGAACGAAGGUUUAUGAACCCUUAUGGUUAAUCGGGGCAUCAAAAUUAAAAAAUCUGGAUAUUCGUAUAAGAGUUAAGGGAGGAGGUCAAACAGCUCAAAUUUAUGCAAUUAGACAAGCCAUUGGAAAAGGAAUAAUUUCAUAUUACCAAAAAUAUGUAGACGAAUCUACGAAGAAAGAAUUAAAAGAUACCUUAUUAAGAUACGAUAGAACGUUGCUUGUUGGAGACACAAGAAGAUGUGAACCCAAGAAGUUUGGAGGAAAGGGUGCUCGUGCAAGAUAUCAAAAAUCAUAUAGAUAA